UUUUAAUUUAUGUGUGCAGCUAUUGUUUAUAUUAAUGCCUUGCAUUAUUUAACGGCUUUACCAACGCACCUGUCAUUCUGAUUCUCCUAGAAUUGCUCAGUAAUAUUAUUUAAUUAUUCUUAAAGUGUACCUGAGGCGAAUAUUCGGUCAAGGUACAAUUAGUGAUAAGUGUCACGGGUCUGUGUCAGUAAUUUUCGAAGAUUAUUUUAUUUCUAUAGAAACCAUGUUGUUGCUCCGUCUCCACAUCACCCCCUUUGUGGACCGUUACCAAGGCAACAUGUCAACAAACUGGCGACUCGCGACGUUCUGUCUGGCUUAGUUUGGGUCUAGCAGUCGGUUGAUUCUAAAAAACCUCAUAUAGUUUCUUUAACUCUAGAAUAUUAUUCAGGACUUUAUAACUUUAUUUAUAGCUUUAGUUUUUAUGUCAUAACUGAGUUUUCAUACUAGGCUACUUGAAUAACAUGAUGGCUACAACAAUAAGACCACAACCUACGAGGUCUGUGAAAUCUGCUUGUUCACGGCCAUCUGGCAGAUCCCAUCCUCAAAGAUAUCGUGCCCACAACUCCUUUGUCGACGAGACACUCUUUGGAACCUCCCAAAAGAAUCAGUGUGAUGCUUCGGCACCCAGAAAUCUGUCCCUAUCGGAAGAUUCAUCUGCACUGUCCAUCAUCCUGUCCUCAUCACAAAUAAAACAAAUCAUGGCAAAAUCUCGUAUGCUUACUAAGGAGGAGAGGGAGGCCAUGCUGGAGACAAAACAGAAGGAGCGGGAGCAAGCAAUGGUCGCUGCAGAGGAAAGAAAGGCUUGCAUUUGGCAGGCGGACUUGGAGCGUAAAAGGAACCAGGGUCUGAGCGAAAUUGAGACAGAAGCCCGGCAACAAGGCCAAUAUCUCUUGGAAAAAGCCAAUGUCAUGAGAACGGAGCAGGAAGAUGAAAUUAGAAAACUCAAUAAGGUGAUCCUGGAUGCACAGUGCAACGCAGUACGGGACACCCAGAUCCUAGAAAAGAAGCAGAUCCAGAAAGAGUUGCAUGAGGAGGACCUGCGGCUGCACUCCAUGAUGGAGGUGCACCGACACCGAAUGAUGGAGACAGAGGAACAGAUUGAGAAGCUUCGCAAACAGCAACACCUCCUAGGAAGGGCGCAGAUCCAGAAACAGAUUGAAGAACGGUUUGAGGAGAGGCUGCUGCAAGAUGAGAUGAAGGAGCAAGAGAGCCAAAAGAUGCUGGAGAACCUGAAAAAGAUUCAGAUGGAAGAGUUGGAGGCACUGCAGAAGAAGAAAGAGCAACAGAAGCAACUGCAUUUGGAGAUCUUCAAAAUCAACCAAGAGACUACACGUGCUAAGGAGCGCAGGAUGGACGAGGAGAGGCUGGCUGAUCUCCGUGACUUAGAAUACAUCAGGCAGAAGAUGGAGCGGGAGGCACAACAUGAGGAGGAGCAAAGGAAGAUCAAGAGGGAGAAGGAGCUGGAGCUGGCACGACUGCGGGCCCUCCAGGAGAGAGAAAGGGACCGCAAAGCUGAACAGGAUGAGCUGCGGGCACGGAGGAAUCAAGAGGCGGCUGAAAGGGAGUGGAGAAAAAAGGAGAAGGAGAAGGCCCAGAAGGAGAUGGAAGAGGUGGAAAAGCUGAAAGCAGCAUGGCUGGAGCAGGUCACCCAGAAAGAGCAUCUACUUUCCAUUGAGGCAGCACGCAAUCGAACAGUGUUUGAGAGAGUCUUAAGGUCCCAGAAGGAAGCCAUUGACCGUGCUCGGGCGGAGGCGAUGGAACAGAGGCGACGGGUGGCUUACUAUGCUGAUGGGGUCCGGCAGCAGAUGAGGGAGCGCGAGGUCCAGGCUGUUGAGAACCGCAAACAAAUAUUGCAUGAGGCUGAGCGCCUCAAAGAAGAGGAACAGAAUCGCAGGACGCGUCUGAGCACUAUCAUGAAGAAGAAACUAAGAGAGCUUAAAGAGGCUGGACUUCCCGAGAAGUACUGCAGGGAGGUGGAGAAGAAGGCCUUAAGUCUGCCCACUCUGGUUCACUAAAGGAUGGUCAAAGACAAAAUAGUUAAAAAUAAAACAGUCCAAUUAACCUGCAAAACUGACCAUUUUCGAGGCAACGAUUUGGAAAUGAAGUUACUUUCUCUGCUUCACUUCACAUUCAUAUGUGGUUCAAAAUAGCAGAUGAACCAAUAAGAAACCACUUCUCACUGGACCAAAAAAUUACUUUAAACUAUACCACUGUAACCCUAAUAACACUGGACUAAACCAUUAGACUAUAUGAACCAAUUUAUCACGUUUGUACUUUAUCAAAUGAUUUUACCAUACAACUGGAGAAUUCCAUUGUCCAUUCAAAACAGUACAACAUGUAAUGUAAAUGUAGCCAGGCAGAUAUACACACUUUCUGACCCGCUUGUCCCAUAUGGGGUCACGGGGAGACAGAACCUAA